GAUGCCUUAGUGGGAGCAGGGUAUCAACAGAGUGCAUAUGAUCAUUCUCUAUUCACCAAACAAAUGUCACAUGACAUUGUGAUUAUAUUGGUGUAUGUUGAUGAUCUCUUGAUUACAGGCAGUAGUAUCUCCUUAGUAGAAGAGGCCAAACACACAUUGUAUAACAACUUUAAGGUCAAGGAUUUGGGUGAGCUCAGAUAUUUUUUGGGGAUUGAGGUGAUGAGAUCAGACCAGGGGAUAUUGUUGAACCAACAAAAAUAUGCACUGGAAUUAAUCUCUUCCACAGGCUUGACUGCUGCUAAACCUGCAUCUACCCCUAUUGAGCUAAAUCAGAAAUUGACCACUACAGAAUAUGACAAGCAUGUUGGGCACAAUGGUGAUGAAGAGUUGCAAGAUAUGUGGAGCUAUCAAAGACUAGUAGGCCAGUUACUCUAUUUAACCAUUACACGGCCUGAUAUUUGUUUUGCUGUGCAAGUUCUUAGCCAAUUCAUGCAGCACCCCAAACAAUCACACUUAACUACAACACUUCGAGUGGUUAGGUACAUUAAGGGGUCACCUGGACUUGGGAUUUUCCUCAAGAAAGGUCAUAUCACCCACCUUUCUGCCUUCUGUGAUUCAGACUGGGCAGCUUGCCCAAACACUCGAAGAUUGAUCACUGGAUAUGCUGUCAAGCUUGGAGAUUCCUUAUUGUCGUGGAAGUCAAAGAAGCAGCAGACAGUGAGUUGUAGCUCAGCUGAAGCUGAAUAUAGAAGCCUUGCUGCAGUAACAGCUGAAGUUACUUGGCUUGUUGGAUAGCUGCAAGAAUUGAGUAUUGAAAUACAUCAGCCUGUUGAUGUCUAUUGUGAUAGUAAAGCUGCACUUCAAAUAGUAGCAAAUCCCAUUUUUCAUGAACGAACAAAGCACAUUGAGAUAGAUUGUCACUUUGUUCGAGAAAAAAUCAAGUCUGGCUUGCUUGCUCCUCAUCACAUUUCGACCAAACUUCAGUUGGCUGAUCUCUUGACAAAGGGACUUGGUGUUGCUCAACAUUCCUUCCUUCUUUCCAAGCUUGGAGUGUUUGAUGCUUUCCACCCUCCAGCUUGAGGGAGAGUCUUAGCAUAUGGGGUUUAAAGUGCACAAAAUACAACUAGGAGUGUGCAAGCUAGCAAAAAAAAAAAAGAUAGUUAAUUGACAGCUAUACAUAUGUUGUCAUCUAAGUAGUGGAGAAGCUGUAUAUACAGCCUUGUAUGUAACGAGAAAACUCAGAUUUUAGAAUACAAUUUCAAUUUCUCUUCUUCCUUCUCAAUUCUCUCUCACAAUCGAACAUGUUUCAUAACCAUUAUUCUCGUGCGAUUUACUUCUAUGUCAGAUGAGUUUAGAUCUAACAAGUUCUGGAUUUUGUAACGUUUUGCGCCGAGUUUAGCCGGAAUCAGUUCUUUGGCGAUUCCUACGUGUGUGUCGUUUGACUGUUGCUCCAGUGUCGUCAUCGUUGUGGUAGUGGCGUCAUUGACUCUGGCGAGUUUCGAGGUCUGGACCGUAAUUCCGUUCGAGGUCUCCAUUUUUGGUCCGGUUAACAGUGACUAAUCCCGUUUCGACGAAGGUGCAAUUCCUGGUAGACCGGUCGAGAGCCCUCCAAGUAGGCUAU